UUAUUAGAUGUAAGACGACGCCCCACUCCCAGUUCACAUUUCACAUCCCUCUUCCUCGACGCCCACCCAAACUUUCUGAUUUUUAUGAAUUUGUUUAUUCUCCUCAUUUAUUUUACACACAAAAAAAGCGGAAGGUCAAAGACUAAGAUUUGUUUUAUUCGUCGUCGCGUCAGACGCCCAACUGCUCGCUCCCUACAAAUCCCACAACCCCCCCUGUUACGAUGACGAGCACGUCGGAAACAUCCCAGAACGAGAUCGGCAAAGCAGAGCAGAGCGCGGCGUGGUUUUGAUGCGAUAGACCCAAUCGAUCCUUUCGAAAGGGGAAAGGGCGGGGAAGAAGAUGUCGACGGCUGAUGACGCCGUGAGGCAGCCCUUGAUAUCUGGAUCAUUGGAUCCUCCUCAUCGGCCAAACAAGACGAGCAGCAUCAAGAAAAGGAGAUUCCGGCGCUGUAAAAGUGCGCCCUCUGUCGAUGCUUUCUUGGACCCAGCAAACCCAGGAGGCUUAUUUCCUGGCGCCGAUGUCGUCUUCAGCAAAACGAGACCUAGUUUUAGGCAUAUUACUCUGUUGUUAAUUAUCUACCUUGCGCUAGGAGCCGGUUGCUUUUAUCUCAUAGGAGAUCAGAUCAGAGGUAAGAAAACAAACACGGUGCUGGACGCCUUUUAUUUUGUGAUUGUCACGAUGACCACCGUUGGCUAUGGAGAUCUAGUGCCCGAGAGCACCGCAACAAAGCUGCUGGCUUGCCUAUUUGUCUUCUCAGGAAUGACAAUUGUUGCUCUCUUUCUAAGCAAAGCAGCAGAUUACAUUGUUGAAAAGCAGGAAAUAUUGUUGGUUAAAGCCCUACAUGUGCGCAACAAGGCUGGCGACGCUCGCAUGCUUAGAGAAAUCGAGGCGAACAGAGUGAGAUACAAAUUCCUUACGAAUGCUGUGUUUUUAGUUCUGCUUGUAGCUGCUGGGACUAUUUUCUUGUGUAAGGUUGAGAAGCUAGAUCUUGUGGAUGCCUUCUAUUGUGUUUGCUGCACUAUUACGACCCUUGGUUAUGGGGACAAGAGCUUCUCAAGUGAAGGGGGAAGAGUUUUUGCGGUGUUUUGGAUAUUGACUAGUUGUAUCUGCUUAGCUCAGUUUUUUCUCUACCUCGCUGAGGUAUACACUGAGCGCAGGCAACACCUCCUGGCCAAAUGGGUUCUUACUCGAAGGAUGACAUUUGUUGAUCUUGAAGCAGCUGAUUUAGAUGAAGAUGGUGUCGUGGGUGCUGCUGAAUUCAUUAUAUAUAAGCUUAAAGAAAUGGGGAAGAUUAGCCAAGAGGAUAUUGCUCUUGUGAUGGAGGAGUUUGAGGAUCUUGACGUUGAUCAGUCAGGUGCAAUAUCGGCAUCGGACCUUGCUCAGUCUAAUCAAUAAGAAGAUUAGAAGAUUGCGGUAAAAUUCAUCUAGUACGAGCUAUAUAUGGGCUUCAUUUUUUUUAUUUUUUUUUGUUAUGGUUAUGUUCUUGUUCUCCCGUUGUUUUCUACAUGUCGUGUACAUGAUUGCUCUAGAAGAUGUGCGUGAAGAUGUGGCAAUAUUGCUGUUUUCCAUCUAGCAAAUGUAGACUCACGAUUUUCUUUUAAUUUUAUGCCCUUAGAUAUGUUUGUGCC